AUGUAUACAUCUUCCGUGCUUGCAUUGGCUUCAUUUGCCAUACCAAGCCUGGCAGCCUAUCAGCCAGUGUGGAAUUACAACGCGUCCAAUUUUUGGGACAAUUUCAACUUCAUCGAUAGCGCUGACAUCUUCACUCGUGGAUUCGCUCAAUAUGUGGGAAUCGAUGAGGCUCUUUCGUCCGGUCUAGCCAAGAUUAAUAACGGCAAGGUCCGGCUAGGUGUCGACUCGAAGAAUACAUACAGUGCUACAAGUUCAGGGCGCAAAAGCAUAAGACUCCAGAGUUGGGGUAAUUUUGAUAACGGUCUGCUUGUCGCAGACUUUGCCCAUGUUCCUGUGCAAGGGUGCGGCAUGUGGCCCGCUUUUUGGGUCUACCAGGGCGAACGACCUAUUACGCCUGGGGCCUAUUCCGAGAUUGACAUCCUCGAAAACGUCAAUGUGCACACAGCCAAUACCCACUCUUUCUACACUGCGGAGAAGUGCACUAUCGACAUACAGAAAGGCAAUCUAGUGCCCGAGAAGAGCACAAAUUGUCACUGGGAAUCAAAUGGCCCAUCCUCUCAAGGCUGUAGUUUUAAUGCAGAGGAUGGAACUUUCAACCAACCUUUCAAUGACCAGUACAAAGUCAUUGCACUGCAAGUUGAAAGUGAGCGCAUGAGAAUCUGGCAUUUCAAGAAGAACGAGGUGCCCGCUGACCUAAAUUCGGCGAACCCAAAUCCAGAUGCAUGGACCAAAACGCCGACUGUGCACAUUACGCCCAAGAGCUGUGACUUCCAUAAAGCUUUUCAGCGGUUCCAUAUCAUUAUCAACAUCACCUUCUGUGGCAGCUGGGCUGGCGAUGAUUUCAACAACACCAACUACGCUGGGCAGUGCGCAAAACGAACCGCCACAAAUGACUGCAAGUCUUGGGUCGGCAACCAUCCGAGCGAUUUCGCAAACACUUACUUUGAGUUCAACUCGAUCAAGCUGUUCCAACGGGCGUAG